AUGAGAUUCGAACAGACCGUUUUACCGGUCGCUGCUUUAGCCUCUUUGGGGGCUGCUUUGGUUAUUCCAGAGCUCAAGGGCAAGGUGCUCUGCCAUGGUAAGGAUAAGGCGCUAGACCAUCCUAAGGACAAGGCACUCGACCAUCCUAGAGAGAGACCACAACACCGUGGUCCUCGUCGCGGACCUCGUAGAGGUCCUCCUCCUCCACUUCCUGAGGGACGCCAUGAUGGUCCUUCUCAUGAAGGACAUCACGAUGCUCUUCCGGAGCAUCGUGGCAUCGUUCACAAGAUGGGCGAAGGUGUGGCCCCACUGUCCAUCCCUCCUAAUGCAUUCCCUCAUCGCUACAUUGUUGUUCUCAAGCACUCUUCUCCUGAAGAAAUUGCUCUUCAUAUGGAAGCUAUCACUCAAUCCCAAUUGCAAUCCGUUGGUGAAUUGGCUCAGGAUGAUCCAUUCUUUUCUGCUCAAGGUGUUCGUACCACUGGUGGUAUUCAGGACUCCUUUGACGUUGCAGGUUUGUUGAAUGGUUAUGUUGGUUAUUUCACCGAUGCUGUCGUUGAGCUCAUUCGUAAGAGUCCAAUGGUCGAUUUCGUUGAAAUGGACUCUCCAGUGCACGCAUCUGAGUUUGACACCCAAAACGGUGCUCCUUGGGGUUUGUCUCGUAUCUCUCAUAGAGAACGCUUGAACCUAGGUUCUUUUAACAAGUACCUCUUUGAUGAUGAAGCUGGUAAAGGUGUGACUUCUUACGUCAUCGAUACUGGUAUCAACGUUAAGCACCAGGAUUUUGAAGGUAGGGCGCACUGGGGUAAGACCAUUCCUACCAACGAUGAAGAUCUAGAUGGUAACGGUCAUGGUACUCAUUGUGCUGGUACUAUCGCUUCUAAGCACUAUGGUGUUGCCAAAGGUGCUGAUGUGGUCGCUGUCAAAGUUUUGAGAUCUAACGGUUCCGGUUCCAUGUCUGAUGUCAUCAAGGGUGUUGAGUUUGCUGCUCAAUCCCAUCAAAAGGCUGUCAAGGACAAGAAGAAGGGCUUCAAGGGCUCUACCGCUAAUAUGUCUCUAGGUGGUGGUAAAUCACCAGCUUUGGAUCUUGCUGUCAAUGCUGCUGUUAAAGCAGGUAUUCAUUUUGCCGUUGCUGCAGGUAACGAAAAUCAAGAUGCUUGUAACACUUCCCCAGCUGCAGCAGAGCAAGCUGUCACCGUCGGUGCCUCGACUCUAAGUGAUGAUAGAGCUUACUUCUCCAACUACGGUAAGUGUGUUGAUAUCUUUGCUCCUGGUCUAAAUAUCCUCUCCACUUACAUCGGUUCAGAUGAUGCUACCGCUACUUUGUCCGGUACUUCUAUGGCCUCUCCACACGUUGCAGGUUUGUUAACCUACUUCUUGUCGUUGCAACCAGACUCUGACAGCGAUUUCUUCGACGCAGGUUCUCAAGGUGUCACCCCAGAGCAACUAAAGAAGAAACUAAUCGCUUACAGUACCAAGGAUAUCCUCUACGACUUACCUGAAGAUACCCCUAACGCCUUGAUUUACAACGGUGGUGGUCAUGGUCUCAAGGGAUUCUGGGAUGGUCAUGAUAAACAAGAAGCAAAUACUAGAUUCCAGGACACUGAUUUGCAAGAAUUGUCUGAUAACUUGGGUGCUAAGACUGAUGCAUUGUUCGACCAAGUUAGAGAUGUCCUAGACAGAUUAAACAUCAUCUAA